AUGGAUUUGACAGAGUGCCUUCUUCACCUGUAUGGAGAGUUGGAUUUUAUACCACCGAAAUCUCUGCAACAUCUGAUGGUCAGAAAGACGGACUUUACGGGACCAGAGAGCCCAAUAACAUAUCCAUUUUCAUUCUGGACUUUUCACAACCUUACAGAGCUACAGUGGCUGGACAUGUCCCUAAACCACUUCACUCUGGUGCCCAAGGAGGCCUUCUGGUAUCUAAGAAAGCUGACCCAUCUUGAUCUCCAUGGUAACAGCCUGGGUGGCCUUCAUGUCAACAGCUUCAAAGACCUUAAAAGGCUUCAGUUCCUUGAUCUUUCUAGCAACAAAAUUGACAGCGUAAAACAGCGACUACUUGCACCCCUGACGUCCCUCAAAACCCUAAAUUUGACCCAAAACUUUAUUUCCUCCAUCGAGGCACCCUCGGUGCUGUUUUUCCACCGUCUCUACAUCCUGGACCUUUCCCACAACCCGUUCUCUUGUACCUGCCGUCUUCUGGGCUUCAUUGACUGGAUCAAGAACACGACUGCUGUCCGAAUAAGGAACCUUGUCGACAAGACUUCUUACAGCUGCUCUUCUCCCGCAGAGCACAAGAACGUGCCUCUCCUCGAUCUCCAACUUGACUGUGACCUCCACACGGCGUACUACAUGUGCAUCGUCAUGUCCACGCUCGUGUUCCUGUACACAAUGCUGGCUUUCCUCCUCGGCAAGUACCACCCGUAUCUACAGUACUGCUUUCUGUACCUCCGUGGGAAAGCUCGCGGCUACAGGGCAAUACCGAGGAGAGACCGACGCAUCCUUUACGACGCCUUCGUGUCCUACAACAGCGAAAGUUUGCGCUGGGUCCAGAACCACCUCAUCCCCAACCUGGAGGAACGGCAGCCACACUACAGGCUGUGCAUCGCGGACCGAGACUUCCUGGCGGGUAAGGACAUCGUGGACAACAUCACAGAAGGGAUCCAGCAGAGCAGGAAGACAGUCUGCCUUCUGACAAGAAGGUUCAUUCAGAGCGGCUGGUGCACCCUGGAGUUUAAGCUGGCGCGGCACCGGCUGUUUGACGAGGGCGAAGACGUGCUGAUACUGGUUCUGCUGGAGAACAUCCCGGUCACACACCUGUCCCGCUACCACAUGCUACAGAAGCUCAUGUCCAGGAAAACCUACCUGGUGUGGCCGGGGGACCCCCCAGGGAGGGCGCUGUUCUGGGAGCGGCUGAGGCAGGCGCUGGGGUCAAGGAACCGCCUGCCUCAAGGUCAAGAAGUGGAGGACGACUUGGUUUGAGAUGGUACAAAGACUAGUACUCCACACAAGUAAAGUUUUCUAACUUUUCAGUUUGGAUGUUUAUACCUGUAAGAAUUCUAAUAUAAAGUCAAUACAAAAGUUUGACAUUUUGACAGCCUGCAAAAAUACUUAACCUGAUUUUAGACCUUGGGUCUUUUGAUCGGUUCUUAAGGUUCUCCGUUGUUUUUUCAAGUCUAGAUACAACUUGUUGGGCCAGUCAAUGCUAGAGAUGCAUGUUAUUGUUCAACCAAUUGUAAAAUAUAGGUGUUAUAGAAAAUAGGUGCCGCCUGUAAAUGUACAUGCAUGCACAUGGAGUUUUUUUGUACUGA